UUCCUCCCGAGACCUUGCACUAUAUUCUUUCAAAUUUUCCCCACUCUCGCUUCUCAGUCUCAAUUAAAAUAAAACCAGCAGAUAUGGCAGAUUCACUGACAGAACAGCAAAUUGCUGAGUUCCAGGAGGCCUUUUGUAUGAUUGACAAAGACUCAGAUGGUUUUAUCACGAUGGAAGAGCUUGCAGCAGUGAUCCAAUCACUGGAAGGAAAUCCUACAAAGCAGGAAGUUCGAGAGAUGAUUAGUGAAGUUGAUUUUGAUGGAAACGGGAAUAUAGAUAUCGAAGAGUUCUUGAAUAUCAUGGGAAGAAAGAUGAAGGAUAAUGUUGCAGAAGAGCUAAAAGAAGCUUUUAAAGUAUUUGACAGAGAUCAAGACGGAUAUAUAUCAGCUAAUGAGCUGAGAAAUGUGAUGAUGAAUCUGGGAGAGAAAUUAACGGUUGAAGAAGCUGAACAAAUGAUAAGAGAGGCCGAUUUAGAUGGUGAUGGCCUCGUCAGCUACGAGGAAUUUUCAAGAAUGAUGUCGGCAUUCUGACUGGGAUUACCACAUAAAUAAUAUUAUAAAUGAAUAAAAUUACAAUCUCAUUUCUUAUAU